AUGAACCAUAUGAAAAGGAUGGAGAGAAAGGCCAGUACACGCACAAGAUCUACCACAUACACAGGUGAGUACAUCUGGAAAAAUACAUCUGGUGGAUCUGGCCUACACAUUUGUCGUCCUUUUUUUAUUUUACAUGCUAUGAGCCUACUUCACUAUUAGCCUACAUCAAAGUGUAAAUAAUGCUGCGAGAUGCGUUCUGCUAGGGAGGUAAAUACUACUCAACAGGUAGGGAUUUAACACUUUUUUUUGGAAGUGUAGCAAUCUGUAUUAACAUUUUCCUAUUAGGUAAGCAAGAAAACAUUAGGCUAACCUAUGCAUUUUUACAAUCAGAGCAACAAAAAUGGAGUGAAACAGUUCAGUUUUGGCAUUGUACAACGAUCAUUUUGGAUAAUCUAAGCUAGCAGCGUCAUUUACAAAAUACAUUUGUUUAGAAGUAGUUGACGUUAUAGACUAGUGAAUAGGGUUAUUAGAUACGUCUUGGAAUUGGAAAUGUAACAUUUCAAGAUGAAUUAGGUUUCAAUACACUUGUUGAAUGGUUGUAAAGCGUACAUGUGAACGUUUUCGAAUAAAUGGUUAAACUUGCCCACUCCCAUCUCUAGCCAACAUUUCACAUAUUGGAAGUGGAAAGUGCACAUGAUGAGAGUAUAGUUAAGGGAUAUAUCAUUUUAAAGUGGUAACCACCUCAAACAAACUCUUAGACAGAGCCCCACCGACACUAUUUAUUGGAAAUGACCAAGCUCUGCGAUCAUGGGGCACCUUCACCACUACGUGAAUUCACUGUAAUUUAUUCAGCUUUUCUUCGCUAUCGUGGUAGGCCAACACAACAAAGCACCACAUGACUCUAAAUGUACUUUGCCAAUUCCAUUUAAAAUAUAUAGAUCACAAUUUCCACUGCAUCAUGCACAUUAUAUACAGGUAACUGCCCAAAUAAGGGAAACGCCAACAUAGAGUCUUUAUAGGGCAUUUUGCCACCACCAGCCACCAAAGCAGAUUCAAUGCCCCUUGGCAUAGAUUCUACAAGUGUCUGGAACUCGAUUGGAGGGAUGCAACACCAUUCCUCCAGGAGAAAUUCCAUCAUUUUGUGUUUUGUUGGUGGUGGAAAACUGUCGCAGGCUAAGUGUUCAAUUGGGUUAGGAUCUGGUGACUGAGACACACACACAGCCUUUAAACCCCCUAUGCUCCUUUGAGACCCCUCUUUCAAAGUCACGGAGAUCUCUUCUAGCCAUGGUUGCCAAAAUAAUGGGCAACUGGGCAUUUUUAUACGUGACCCUAAUCAUGAUGGGAUGUUAAUUGCUUAAUUGACUCAGGAACCACACUGUGUGGAAGCACCUGCUUUCAAUAUACUUUUGUAUCCCUCAUUUACUCAAGUGUUUCCUUUAUUUUGGCAGUUACCUUUAUAUCAAUUGGCUUAACAAUUCUAUCCAACCACGUCAAGUGCCGGGCAUUUGUUUACAUUUUAUUUAAAAAACGGUGGUCUCUACCAAGCGCCGGGUUAAAAAAGUGUAAUUACACAUUCACACAUUUUGCCUGUCUGCCGAUGGAAUUUUACAGCACCUCUACCUCACACUGAAUGAUUGAUCUCUGAAUGUCAAAAUGCAAAUCUGUAAUCAGAGAGAACUGAUCAGUUCCCCCCUUUUGUAACAUUUGCAGUGUAUUGGACACAACCUAUUAUGAGUAGCUGUUUUUGUCAACUUGUAGACCUAGAAAACCACAUCAUAAAAGUGUGAGCUGGACUUUCCACACCUCAAACGGUGAUAAACGCUGGUCCCCAAUACAUGCUUCGCAGUUCAAGUAAAUGUUUAUCCCAAUACAGAACAAACAAUCGUCACUGGAAAAUGGCUUCAGUCAGAUCAGAGGGUAGUUGAGUAUGUAGAACUUUACUUUUACUAUUAGCUACCAUUCUUUUUUUUUUGAUUUCCUGAUUGUUGAUUCCUUCCACCUGUGUUGAAAGUAUAAGAACCCUACUGGGAGGAAAUGUUAUGUUGAAACAAUAACUCAUAACUUUAUGUUGUAUGAAUGAAUCCAUUCCAUCCUCUCUCCCUUACAGCAAGGUACCCAGUUUCAUCCAGAUGUUUGCUCCAGAGGGAGCCCUGGUCUUCCACGAGAAAGCUUGGAAUGCCUACCCCUAUUGUCGCACCAGUGAGUGUUCAGGACUGUGUGUCUGUGAGGGGUUUGAUUGAGUUUCCAGCUCAAGUUAUCGCUUGAAUAAUAUUUAUAGCAUCUAGUUUUCCGUGAUUCUGUGGUCACCAUUUUUUCUUGAAAAAUUGCAGUCAUCUGUAGGGUUGGGCAAUGUCAACCUUUGUCCUGUCGUGAUUAUGUACCCAUAAAACAUUGUGACAUAGGAUGGUAUCGUAACCCAAAGAAUUUGUGAAAAACUAUUAAAAACUGCUGUAAAAAAGUUGGGCUAUAGCGUGAAAUCGUAUGCUACAACUGGACGAAUCAUGACUAAACAUAAUGUUUUUGAAAGCCUGGGCAGAGGCUAAGUGCAGGCAGAUAUGUUCUAAUAUUCCUUAUGGUGGAGGAGCUUCAGCAUGGAACAUGUGUUGGAGUCCUGCACUGGUCAGUGUUUUGGAGCCGCACCUGUUCCAUGCCUGCCGGCCAUAUCAAUUCCGAGCUCCGCCCGAUACCAGACAUCAGGACAGAUGUUUCUUCGCAACCUGACCCAUAGAAUUGUUCCGAGAGCUGAUCUGUUACCCACCAUAUAACAUAAAUUUGUUUAAUUGUUUUUAUGACUCCAGAGUAAUAGGCAUUAUUAUAAUAAUAAUUAUUAGGCUAUUACUAUUCUUCUUUCUUGCAUUAAUUAACUUCUCUGCCUGUCUAUUCAACAUUUGGAUAAAAGGAAACCAUGCCAUGAAUUUAAGAACGAUAUCUUUUCACAGUGUGAUGCAUCACUCAAAUUGCUUUGAGAAAAAUUGCCUUCUAAUUAGCCGCCUUACCUAAUGAAAGCCUAUAACCGACAUAACAAAACAAAAUGCCUACCCUUACAUUCAAUAUUGUUUAGAUAAUCAAAUAGUUUAGGCUUAAUUAAAACUUGAAUAAACUAUUCCCUGACUCAAAUAUAGUCUGCGAAAAUAGGCUACAUUUAUUUAGUAGGCUACUCAAACUUUUAACAACUGAACUGGUUUACACGUUAUAUGGUCUGCAUAUGGUCUAUUGAACGAAAGCCUGAAUUAAUGUAAUAAUUUAACUUAAUUAUCGAAAGCAAACCUACCUGCUUGCACUUUGUGCAGGCGGUGUCCAUCUACCGCGUUGUUGUGCUUCCAAACUGGGGAUUUCACUCGCGCAGCACCUGUUUCCACAAUGGUGUUGUAGCCUAUAUUCCCUUAUCAUAACCUUUCUUUUUAUUUCUCUGAUUAGGCCUAUGUUAGGAAUUUUCACAUGAGCUAGUCUAUCCAGGGAAAGUUAACUUGGCAGCGUGUCGUAUUCUCACGUGGGGAGAGGGACCAUUAGCUCUCCACGUGGACAAAAUAGAAAGUUUUGGCACCACAUAAAUAAGGGACAGUUCCCAGCUCCAUACACACUCAAUGCGUGCGUGGCUGGUAGCCUAAUGUCUGCCUUGCCGCUCACAGAAAGGAAUUCGAAACACAACAAGCUCCUGGGUUUUUAAAAAGUGCAUUAGAAUAAGGCUGUAACGUAACAUAGUGAAGGGUUCUGAAUACUUUCCAAAUGCACUUGUUUUUCAAUCAAUGAAUAGGCUAAAAUGCAUUAUUUCGCAAUUGAAUUUCUUUAAUUUUGGGGGAGAAUUGGCUGGUGCCAAUUUUAUUUAUCGCCUUUGAAAAUGUACCGGCUUACGGAAACCCUUGUAGCUAUAGAUGGUUGGCUACAUAAUUAAACAAUCCAUAGUAAGCUAGUGUUUUGAGGGUGGACUGACUGUAUUAUUUGGCCUUAAAAUACUGGUUUCAUGCGCAACUUUUUAUCCAAGCUGGGAGAGAGCGCUAGUACGGCUCAUGUCAUGCAGGUUCAGGUAGGCUAGAAAGGACAGUUGUAUAUUAAAAACAAUAUAUAUUGGUUAGUAUGCUGUUGUAUCGCAAAUGUAGUUUACAAUCUGCAAUGUUUGAAUUUCCAACUUUAAUUAUUGAUCAAUUAAUGACAUUAUUGCCAGCAGUCUAAAUGGCAGCCUUGCGACACUGUAUAGCUUUGUGAAAUGUUAGGCUAAAUAAACAUGAGAAAGUGACGACCAAAUAGGGUCUAGCAAUAAACAUUUGUCCACUUGCUAAAGCAAAACUAUAGGCUACAUGCCCUGGCACCACAAAAACCCUAUCAUCGAUUCGAUAGGCAGCCGCAUAGACAUGUUGCAAUUUCAGCACCAUGCCCGGAGAUCGGUAGCCUAUACUUUGUGAGUGGCUGUCUAGUUGACACAUUCAAUUUUUUAUAUUUAUGGGGGAGGGGAGAACUCCGACCUUGCGGGGGCUCCAGAGAAACUGGGUUCCGCCACUGCAUUUUAGGACAAAAUGUUAAGGGAUUGGGGACUUGCAGAAAACUGCGGAAUUUGGAAAGUGCAUCACAGUUUUUUACUCUGUGGAAAACCAAACAUUCUAAAUAUUAUAGGAAAUACAUUAUUGAGUCAGAAAAGCACCCCAAAAUGUGUCAAAUCCACAAGAUGGUGAGGCACAUAAUGAAGGGGUAGAUGUUUUUAACAACAUGAUGAUACUUCAAGUAAGCUACAUGUUAAUGUUUAUUUACAAUUAUCUUGUCCUGCAUUUUCACAUCUUGUCAGACAUUGUCUGACAAAGUUGUAUUAUGUCUUGGACAUGUUUCAGGACAUCUGUUAUGUAGAUCCCGUUAUAUACCUCAAUCCCAAAUAAAUGGGAGAGAUGGGCACCAUCCAAUCUAACUUAAUUUGUUAGAAGUACAGCAAUAUAGUCAGAAUAUGUGCACCAACUUUGGUGUAUCUAGCUUUAAAAAAUAACUUGUAAUUGAUUUAUAGCUUGGACGUUUAAGUGUGGCUAAUUAUACUGUAGUGGUAAAGUUUUAUGAGUAACUUCCUUAAUGUUCUAUUAUCACGUACCUUCCUAUUUAUUUUCUCUCUUUUUUCCCCCGUAUCUACCUUGUUCAUCUUGCUCUAAAUCUGGGAUCAUGCAGUUGUGACCGUAAGUGUUAUUCAUUUAUAAUACCUUAUUUCUGUUUACAGUGUGCAUGUACACAUUAUGCAGACAUUUUUACUUACUUUUCUUUUCGCAGAAUGAAUACAUGAAGGAUGACUUUUUCAUUAAGAUUGAGACCUGGCACAAACCAGACAUGGGGACCACAGAAAAUGUGAGAAUUUCUCAACAUAUUUUUUUCAAGUAAUUAUUACCUUAAUGCAGACUUAACACAGUAUUGGGAUUGGGCAAUACCAAAACUAAAGAUAAUUCUGCCAUUCAGAAUUUUCUCUAUAUACAAUGCCUUCACCAAGAUAUUCUACAUGAAUUUAUGCAGAGAUAAUAAGACAAACUCUCUGGCAUUGGCCAUCUAUAGCUGUGGCAUUUAUCAAGGUAUAUGUAAUGUAUUUCUGUCACUUUCGUUCUAAUCUGUAUUACACCAGUGGAAUCGUAUUAACAGUAUAAAUCCCCCUCACUUUCUCUUUGAAGCCCCAUGGUCUUUCCCCAGAGGAAUGGGAGGAGACUGAGGUUGUGCCAAUUGACAUUGCUGACCGAUCACAAGUUGAUGAUGUGGUAAGUACCUAUUAGAGACCCCCUCUUGAGAAAAUGAAAUAUUUAUAUUGAAAAUGUAUUUUUAAAUCCAUAAAAUGUCCUGUUGCUGAUUUGUGACUUAAAACAAAUUGAAUCAUUCCUUAAUUGUUGAAAAAUGACAUAGUGAGGCUAGGACCACAGUCUUACCUCAUCUUACCCCAAAAACGUCAAACCUAUUGUUCUGUUUGUUUUUGUUGUCAUGAUUUUGUAAAUUAACAAUGUAUAGCUGCAGGGAUCUUCAACCUGGGAUCUGCUGUCAAAUUUAUAAAAUAUUUAUAUUUAAUAUAAGUCGAUCUUGUUAUGAAAACCUGUCAACCCAUCCACAUUCAAAGCCCUUGUUCUUGUACCUGUAAAUCAAUCAACAGUAAAGAUGAGACAAACUUAAAAGAUUAGGUAUCAUUUAAAAAUGUAUGUAAUUUCAUUCAGGCUAAAGUGAGAUGAAGAAAAUCACCCAACAUUCAAGAGGUGAUUCCGAACUUAACAGUAAACUGUUGUUUUACAUGCCUAGUUGAUGGAAAUGGAAACAGUGUGAGUUUGGGCAGCAAAAUUAAACUGAAAAAUGUCUAAAUUGAACUCCAGCAGACCUGAAAAGGUGCAAUAUUCAUGUGUCAAGGGCAAUUUUUUCUUACCAUUCGAGUGCAUAGUGGCCAACUUGGCUGUAACCGUUGCUGUUUUUCAGUGUUAUCACGACUAACCUAGAGGGCCGUCUGCUCCUCUGAAAUUCCUGUCCUGGAGCUUUGUUUCAGACCUUGCUGUUGAAAGUCAAGAUAGUUACACCAUGGCAGCCAUUGUGGUCAGGGAGAAAUCCAAACCAGUCUAAUUGGAAUGAAUGGCAGUAGAGGCAUAGGUGAUGCAUUUCCUGAUUUUAAUUGUGGAGGAAAAUAAAAGGAAGGCAUGUGAUGUAUCAGAAAUGGUGUAAUAGAAUUAUAGUCAACCUAAAAUAUUGUCAUAUAAUCAUAAAUACAGGUUUUAAACAAAUGUUCUGUAUAAAUAGCCUCUAAAAUAUAUGUAAACAGACCAUACAGGUCAAAAAAAAAAAUAUUAUUGGAAAGCUGUGAGUUCUAUUAUAUGAUACAAUAGACCAAAUCAGAAUGUUUGUAAACAAAGCCGUUCCGGGUUGCGAACGUAGGAAAGCUGAACUCAAGAACGCAUAGGAAACCAUACGGCAUAUUGAAUUGUUUUAAGAUGUUCAUACCUAGGGCUAUGGCGGUCAUGAAAUUCUGUCAGACAGUGAUUGUCAAGCAAAUAACUCACGGUAAUUGACUUAGUUAACAUAAACACAUUUAGCAUCUACUGGCUUCCACGCAUAGCCUACAAGCCACUGAUGCAGACCUUUUGGAACAUCUACGUUUUAAAAAGUCUAAUAAAUCCAUGUAAUGUAGCCUACACCAUCACAAUAAAUCCAUUAUAUUAGACAGGUCUAAAGAAACAUGAUAUGAAGAAAAUGUAGUCUAUUUCAGAAAAGUCUAUACAAUUGAACAUAGCUGAAUAAAAUGGAAAGGAUGUUUUUAAGCAAUGAGGCUGACGCAACAGAUCAGAACGUUUUGCUUAAACUGUUGAAAAACUAUUAGGCUAUUUCUUCAAAUUAUAAGCGCAGCAAUGCGUGCACGGCAAUAGGCUAUAAGCGCGAAUGUUCCAAAAAGCGGUCAAUUAGUGUAAAAACACCAUUCUCAAAAGUGACUGCAAAUGCGAUUUUGCAUGUAAUGCUUUUAUUAUGAAGGUGCAUUUUUAUGGUGAAAAGUAUCUUCCCCAAACUUGAAACUCACGUGCUGCGUAUGUAUGCAACUUAGGCUGUACACCCGUUGUAAAGCGGAUUAAUGUGCUAAAUUUUAAGAAGUUAUUUGGCCACUUUAGUUGUGACCAAACCUUAUCAAAACAUACAGUGCCUUCGGAAGGUAUUCAGACCCCUUGACCUUUUCCAUGUUUUGUUACGUUACAGCCUUUACUCAGUACUUUGUUGAAGCACCUUUGGCAGCGAUUACAGCCUUGAGUCUUGGGUAUGACGCUACAAGAUUGGCACACCUGUAUUUGGGGAGUUUUUUCCAUUCUUCUCUGCAGAUCCCGAGUGGCGCAGCGGUCUAAGGCACUGCAUCUCAGUGCUUGAGGCGUCACUACAGACCCCCUGGAUUCCAGGCUGUAUCACAACCAGCCGUGAUUGGGAGUCCCAUAGGGUGGCGCACAAUUGGCCCAGCGUCGUCCGGGUUUGGCCGGUGUAGGCCGUCAUUGUAAAUAAGAAUUUGUUCUUAACUGACUUGCCUAUUUAAAUAAAGGUAAAAUAAAAAAAUUAAAAUAAAGAUCCUCUCAAGAUCUGUCAGGUUGGAUGGGGAGCGUCACUGCACAGCUAUUUUCAGGUCUCUCCAGAGAUGUUCGAUCAGGUUCAAUUCCUGGCUCUGGCUGAGCCACUCAAGGACAUUCAGAGACUUGUCCCAAAGCCACUCCUGCGUUGUCUUGGCUGUGCUUAGGGUCGUUGUCCUGUUGGAAGGUGAACCUUCGCCCCAGUCUGAGGUCCUGAGCACUCUGGAGCAGGUUUUCAUCAAGGAUCUCUCUGUACUUUGCUCCGUUCAUUUUUCCCUCGAUCCUGACUAGUCUCCCAGUCGCUGAAAAACAUUGCCACAGCAUGAUGUUGCCACCACCAUGGUUCACCGUAGGGAUGGUACCAGAUUUCCUCCAGACGUGACACUUGGCAUUCAGGCCAAAGAGUUAAAUCUUGGUUUCACCAGACCAGGGAAUCUUCUUUCUCAUGGUCGGAGAGUCCUUAAGGUACCUUUUGGCAAACUCCAAGCGGUCUGUCAUGCCUUUUUACUGAGGAGUGGCUUCCAUCUGGCCACUCUACCAUAAAGGCCUGGAGUGCUGCAGAGAUGGUUGUCCUUCUGGAAGGUUCUCCCAUCUCCACAGAGGAACUCUAGAGCUCUGUCAGUGACCAUCGGGUUCUUGGUCACCUCCCUGACCAAGGCCCGUCUCCCCCGAUUGCUCAGUUUAGCCGGGCGGCCAGCUCUAGGAAGAGUCUUGGUGGUUCCAAACUUCUUCCAUUUAAGAAUGAUGGAGGCCACUGUGUUCUUGGGAACCUUUAAUGCUGCAGAACUUUUUUGGUACCCUUCCCCAGAUCUGUGCCUCGACACAAUCAUGUUUUGGAGCUCUACGGACAAUUCCUUCGACCUCAUGGCUUGGUUUUUGCUCUGACAUGCACUGUCAACUGUGGGACCUUAUAUAGACAGCUGUGUGCCUUUCCAAAUCAUGUCCAAGUAAUUGAAUUUACCACAGGUGGACUCCAAUCAAGUUGUAGAAAGAUCUCAAGGAUGAUCAAUGGAAACCGGAUGCACCUGAGCUCAAUUUCGAGUCUCAUAGCAAAGGGUCUGAAUACUAACGUAUUUCUGUUUUUUAUUUUUAAUACAUUUGCAAACACCUGUUUUCGCUUGUUUAUUUUGGGGUAUUGUGUGUAGAUUGAUGAGAAACAUUUUUAAUUAAAUCAAUUUUACAAUAAGGCUUUAACGUAACAAAAUGUGGAAAAAGGGAAAGAGUGAAUACUUUCCGAAUGCACUCUUUAGGCCUAUGGCAGGGUUCUUCAAUUCCGGUCCUGGAGGGCCGAAACACUUCUGUUUUUUAUUUCUACCUGGUAGUUAAUUGCACUCACCUCAUGUCCCAGGUCUGAAUUAGCCCCUGAUUAGAAGGAGAGGAUGAAAAACAGAGGUGUUUCGGCCCUCCAGGACCGGAAUUGAAGAACCCUGGCCUAUGGGCUAGGCUACAUGAGGUGUGUGACUAUGAUUUGAUAAAGUUGCAAAAAAUAGGCAUGCACUUUUUCUUCCCUUACUGUACACAAGCUGGGAAUCAUUCACAAGUGAUAAUAUAUCAUUCACAAGUGAUAGGGUAAUAUUGUCACCCAUCAGACUGUUCUUGAUUUAAUCUUGUCUUUACAUAUACUAUAUAAUAUGUGAAAUUUGUUUUGAUUUAGAAUGGACCGUUAUCAUGCACCUGUCUCAACAGGGGCAGGGUGAAAAAAUACUUGUCAUCUAUGCACUUAAAUAGCGAAUGGAGGACGCUUUUCCCGUGGUUCAUUUUCAUGCCAGUCAGGUAGGCUAUACUCCUGUUGUAAAGAGAAGCAAUGUGCGUAAUAUUAGGAAAGUUGAGAAAUAAAUAUAGUAGGCCUAGCCUAUAGAAAGGUGAUGGCAUUCUCACGCAAUUGCAUAGCCUAUAAAAAUGUUUUGCAACAUGAGCUCAUGGGCUCUCAUUAAGUGUUUGAUUAGAUUUUCGAACAAAUGUUCUAUUGAUUUCAUAGUGAUUAGAGGGACAAUAGUGCUGAGUACCAGGCAGUUAGCAAGUUUGGUAGGCUACUAAUGACUAUCAGCAGCAUCAGAGCUUGGAAAAGCCUAAUUUCCAUGACUAAAUGGUCAUGUGGAAUUUGACUGCCAUCAUGACUCGUGAACGCCAGUGUGGCGGUAAUACUGUCACCGUAACAGCCCUAUUCAUACCAUGAAUCAUUUAGCUAUUUGGUCUUAAAUUUUAGGACGCUUUUAGGUGUCAAAAAAUAUGAACAAAUUAUUUGGGGAAAAAUGAAUUUGGCUCUAUAGUCCAUAGAAACUUUGAAUAACACAUUCAUAAAUGGCAAAAAAUACAGUGAAAAAAAUAAUCAUAAGGUUUUGAAGAGUCUGUCCUAUAUCUAGGAUAUAUAUAAGAAAGCUCAGGAAAUAUUAUAUAUUGUUUCGACACAUAUUUAACUCCUUAUUGUUGUUUGCACUAAACUACCUCCAUACUUCCAUUUAUUUGUAUGGGUCACCUUCAGACGAGUUCCAUGGGGCUUGUGGGGGCCAUAGAGCAAAACGGAGAACACACGCUUCUGUCUAUUUGAGCUGGUCAGUAUGUGUAGGUAAUCCUGUCUAACGCGGCUUUAAAAAAAAUCUAUUGCGUAGUAGAACUGCAUAAGUGUUGCUCUCCACUUUCUGGAGGACCGAGUUUUGAAAUCAGUGGAAUUAGAGUAUGAUAGCUCAGGAGAUGGAGAACACCUGUCUCCGGAUUACAUCUUCAAACUACAGUGGGGGAAAAAAAGUAUUUAGUCAGCCACCAAUUGUGCAAGCUCUCCCACUUAAAAAGAUGAGAGAGGCCUGUAAUUUUCAUCAUAGGUACACGUCAACUAUGACAGACAAAAUGAGAAUUUUUUUUCAAGAAAAUGACAUUGUAGGAUUUUUAAUGAAUUUAUUUGCAAAUUAUGGUGGAAAAUAAGUAUUUGGUCAAUAACAAAAGUUUCUCAAUACUUUGUUAUAUACCCUUUCUUGGCAAUGACACAGGUCAAAUGUUUUCUGUAAGGCUUCACAAGGUUUUCACACACUGUUGCUGGUAUUUUGGCCCAUUCCUCCAUGCAGAUCUCCUCUAGAGUAGUGAUGUUUUGGGGCUGUCGCUGGGCAACAGACUUUCAACUCCCUCCAAAGAUUUUCUAUGGGGUUGAGAUCUGGAGACUGGCUAGGCCACUCCAGGACCUUGAAAUGCUUCUUACGAAGCCACUCCUUCGUUGCCCAGGCGGUGUGUUUGGGAUCAUUGUCAUGCUGAAAGACCCAGCCACGUUUCAUCUUCAAUGCCCUUGCUGAUGGAAGGAGGUUUUCACUCAAAAUCUCACGAUACAUGGCCCCAUUCAUUCUUUCCUUUACACGGAUCAGUCGUCCUGGUCCCUUUGCAGAAAAACAGCCCCAAAGCAUGAUGUUUCCACCCCCAUGCUUCACAGUAGGUAUGGUGUUCUUUGGAUGCAACUCAGCAUUCUUUGUCCUCCAAACACGACGAGUUGAGUUUUUACCAAAAAGUUAUAUAUAUAUAUUUUUUUGCAGAUUCAGUCUUCCCAGCCUGGUGCAGGUCUACAAUUUUGUUUCUGGUGUCCUUUGACAGCUCUUUGGUCUUGGCCAUAGUGGAGUUUGGAGUGUGACUGUUUGAGGUUGUGGACAGGUGUCUUUUAUACUGAUAACAAGUUCAAACAGGUGCCAUUAAUACAGGUAAUGAGUGGAGGACAGAGGAGCAUCUUAAAGAAGAAGUUACAGGUCUGUGAGAGCCAGAAAUCUUGCUUGUUUGUAGGUGACCAAAUACUUAUUUUCCACCAUAAUUUGCAAAUACAUUCAUUAAAACUCCUACAAUGUGAUUUUCUGGAUUUUUUUCCUUCAAUUUGUCUGUCAUAGUUGACGUGUACCUAUGAUGAAAAUUACAGGCCUCUCUCAUCUUUUUAAGUGGGAGAACUUGCACAAUUGGUGGCUGACUAAAUACUUUUUUCCCCACUGUAAGUGCAACCAUGGCAUCCGUGACAGAGAGGGAGAAGCGUCCAGCCAUGUAUACGGGUAAGAUAGUCUAGCUAGCUACAUUUUCAGAUAUUACACAUUUCUAAUUUAGUCAAAGUCGUUUUCAUUUCAAGUUAAAGUGUACUGUUAGCUAGCUAGCUAACAUUACGCGUAUGAUCUGUGGAGUAAUAAUAUUUGUAUCUCAGAGCCAUUUGCUUUGCUAGUUAUAGCCUAAUGUUAGCUAGCUAACAUUGAACCUGCUUGGUUAGCUACCUGCAGAUUCAUGCAGGGUAGUAGCGUCAUGAGUUGGGAUUAUGGUUCAGUGUUUAGCUAGCUAGCUAGCUACAUAUCUUAACAAAAGACUCCACUAUGCAAGUAUCCAUUUCAAUAGAAUGUUCAUGAUGUCACUGCGACACGACAGCUGUUGAUAGCCAGAGCGAAUUUACCAGCUUUGUCUAUCUACUCCUAUUUAGAGCACUCUCGUCUGAGUGUGCCAGAGCGCAGAAUAACCGACAAAUUUACAAACGCUCAACACCCAUUGAAUAUGGCCGGUGUCAGUAAACGUUGGCAAAAAAGUGUAAUUAAAUUGUUGCCAGCAGCACAGUUGCAGUCACCAACGCUCUGGAUAACAUAAAAACAGCCUAACCAGCUCUGCUAGGGCGAGUAAAAUGGUCAGAGUUCUCUCAUUUGUGUCUGGAAGUAGCUAGCCAACAUUAGCCAGUUAGCUUGGGUGCUUGACUGCUGCUGUUAGGACAGAACGCUCAGAUCAACCCUUAAAGAGAUGGGUGGGGCUAAAGCUUAAGAGGGUGUGAACGAUGCUGAAUGGGUGUAGACAAAGAGGAGCUCUCCGGUAGGUACCAAAACAUUCAAAGUUUAUAAACUUUCAAAGCAGAAUUACUUUCCCAUUGUUCCUCAACUGUAGUGUAUGAUAUACCAUUUUCUAGCUCUGAGUCUGUACUUUUAUCCCAAAAUAAUAAUAGUUAAAUUUUUGCUACAUAAGACCGAAUCAAGACGGUCGGUCACAAAUAUCUUAUCACAGCACUGGCAAACCAUGGUUGACUAACUCCCUGACCAAAAUUGUUGACUUUUUAUAACAUUUAAGAAGGUUCAUGUCCAUUCUAGUAGUCUUAAUUCCUAAUUCAAUGAAUACUGUAGUCUGUAUGUAAAAUGUAUACAUAUUAAAUACAUUUUCUCUGUUCUCAUAUGUAGGACUAUAAGCCAGAGGAAGACCCAGCCAUCUUCCAGUCCGAGAAAACUGGAAGAGGACCCCUGGGACCAGGAUGGAAGGCAUGUCUGAAAUCACACUUGUUCUGUUAAAAUCUAUGGUCCAAUAUGGUAAAUUAUAUGUAUCAUAAAGGCAGCGUGACAUUUUCAAAGGAAAAUAAGCAUAUUUGUUUCCCCAAUCUAGCUUUGAAUAGAAAAGUGAUUCACAUGUUAAACCUGGGUAUCCUUUGCCCCUCUCAUUCCUCCCCAUGUUUGUGUCUAUUCACUCUCUCUUUUACUGUGUAGAAGGAGCUCCACAACAGUAACUGUCCCUAUAUGACUGCCUAUAAGCUUGUAACGGUGCAUUUCCGCUGGUGGGGGCUGCAGGGACGAGUGGAGAACUUUAUUCACAAG